AUGGCGGUAACACAGCACACCUGUGUGGUUAGGGUCCAUUUGUUUCUCUUUCUGGAGGAUACUGGGCAGUAUCGAGAAUAUGGAUCGGUCGGUUGUGCCAUAAUCGGCACCCUUUCAGAUCUACCGCUGUACAAAAUGGGCUGCUAUAACGAAAAGAAUGAGUACUUAUGCACAGCUAGUAUCACAACUAACAAUGAAACUGGAGCUUGUGUAGCUUUGCAACAAGGAGGCUACGUCUCUUUCAAGGAUGAGCAAGGGAAAAAUUGGUCAAUGCAAUUUGAGACGGAGGAUCAUGCAAUCGAAUUUUGCGCCCAUGUUUCGGUUGCAAUGUACGGAGCAUCGGGGCAGCCAGAUCAGAGUAUUAUAGCUUGUGAUUUCCGAACCGGGAAGCGUGAACGUGCCAUAUUCGCCAACGAUGCGAUUAAAGUACGCUACCAAGGCUGGGUGAUUCAGUGUGACACUCAACGAAAAAAACUCCCUUUUCUCGGGAGCAAGUUAGACGGCAAUCUGCAUGAUGACAAGCCUUACACAAUGGAUGUACCUGCUAAUCAUAUGAGUGUUCUCCCUGAUAUGAAGGGCUUUGAAGGUAUGGUGAUAGCAAUGGGCGAAGAAGGAUCUAGGUUUGUGGUUAUUCCUGUUAAGGCUAAACGUGGUGGUGGACCUCAAGUUCAUAUGUGCUACUAUGUUCACAUUGUCCGAAAAAAGGAUCUUACACGUGCUGUUGCUAACCACAAGACUGCUGUAGUGGCUUUGUCCAACUCGACUCCUCAAACAGUGGAGCAGGCAAAAGUUGUGCCGUUUGCUGCAGAAUACGAUGCCAUUCAUAGGCUCAAAUCACCUUUUCCUGGAUUCAGUAGAGAACAAUUACUGGUUAUCGAUCGCACUCGCGAUCAAAUCCAGGUGCUCUCUCAGCAACUGCAGGAGGCUCGCCGACAACUUGAUACCUUCAUGAAUGACAUCAAUGCUUUUGAGAGAGGUGUAAAACCACAAAGUUUAGCGAGUGCGCAGAUAGAAUACUCAAUUAAAAAGCUUUUGACUGAUACUGAAGAGAGUAGGGAAUUGCUUACACAGAAGGAUAUAACUUUGCGACAGAUGGAGGAGAAAAACCGAGAACUUCAUAAGAAGGUUGACAAGUUUAGUGCAACUGCUAAUUUGCUUGCAGAAGAAAAAAAAAUCAGUAUUAUUUCAUCCAAGGAGGAGAAGUUGGACAUGGAUCGAAGAAUAGCCCAAGCUCAAGCGCAGCUUGCGCGGUUGCAGUCCGAACGAGAGGAUGUUGCCCGGCAUCUUUCAACAGUGAAACGGCUUCUCCAGGUUGCUGAUCAAGAUAUAAAAAUCGAAAAGCAGAAGUUGCAGGUGGCUUCCGUUUCAUUUCAAACAAAUGAAUCAAAACUGGCGGCAUCCGAAGAAAGCCACGCUGAAGAAAUGGCUCGCCGAAAAAUUCUUGAAUCGAAGGUUUCCACUCUGGGCGAUCAGUUACGUUGCGUGCUAGAAGAGGUUCGCGUAAAAGAAAGUCAGAUUGAGGAAAGAAGACAAAAAAUUGGGACUGACAAACUGCACUAUACACAACUUAUUGAAGAUGAACGAAGUAAAGCNGCUUCGGAUAUUCGUGAGUUGAGGCAGGAAUUAAUAGAUGAAUUGGCCAUACGCGAUCGACGCUAUCAAGAGGAACGUCAAAAAGUUGCUCAUGAAUCUCUUGAGAGAGGUCGUCUUCAAGGGAUAGAGGAUGGUCAAGCUGAGGCAUUGCUAGAGGCUGAUGCUGCCACACAUGAAUUAACGCUUACCGUUCAGCGUCGCAAUGCGGAGGUGAAUGCCGUGCGUAUUCGCUUAAGGGGAGCAAUAGAACAAAAUGAAGCUGAUGAGCGUCGGUUGGUUUCUCAAAUAAAGGCACUUGAGGAAUCACUCUGUAAUAUUGUAGUGGAAAACUCACAAAUGGAAACCGAGCUAAACUCAUUGAAAAGUGCAAGGAAGGCAGUGGAAGAUGAUGCCUUUCAAGAAAUUAUGAGUGCUAUCGAACAACUCUCCCGGCCUGUGGGACAGAAGGAUCUUCUUGCCGUAAUACACUCUUUGCGAGUCAAGAGAGAGGUAAACUAUGGGUUCGAGGAGCAACGCGCAAAGGAGCAGCAAAAUAUACUGGCUGCCGAACGUGAGGAGGUACGUCGAUGGGUCACUGGAACUCUUGACGGUGAAUUUGUUCCAUUUCCCCCAAUGCGAACGUUGCACACGCCUGAAGCCCCUAUGCCAUAUUUACCUGAAGUCACACUGUGGGGUGAGACAGAGAUAUCCGCUGAAAUGGUUGAGUCGAGGCUUUCAGACGAAGUAAAGGCCCAGGAAGAAGCAAUUCAGUUCGAUCCGGAUGAAAUGAAUCGCCGCUACAACGAACUGUUGUUGGAAUUUAUGAAUGUAAAGCCUGAUCUCGGGUUGGUGUCUAACAAGGAUUUUUCUGGGGAACAGGGUGACAUUAACCCGAGGAACGGUUUACCGCUUGCUCGAGAAGACCUUGUGAGUGAUUCCAAAAAGCCACCAUCUCUAACCAUACCAGAAAGUGUCUCACCACAGCCACAGCCACAACAUUUCCAGGAGGGGCUUCUAGCACAACACCGACAACAGGGUUUCGCACCACAGCAGAAAAGAGAGGUGCCGUACCCGUUUCAAAGGACUGCACCGCAGGAGGCAGAGGAAAGUCGAUUUGGCUCUCUUGAGUGUCCUGAUUCUGUUUCCGGGAAAGGUGGUAAAGAGUCACAGUUUAUUGCCCAAUUUGUGGAGCCUGAAAAAAUCAAGGUGGGAACUCAGGGGGAUCGGGGCGUGGCGUCAUCUGGUGGACCCAAACCGGAAGGUAACGCCAAAAAUAGUAAAAGUCAGAUUGCGCCGCCGCCAAAUCGAGGCGUGCCGCCCCGAACCAAAAAGGUGACAUUCAGUGACUCAGAUUCUGACAGCAAUCCGCCGCUGGCGGUGGCAGCGAAAGUACGCCUAGUGCAGAGGACACUUACGGCAGCUCCAGCCAAAAAGUCCUUGUUUGAUGACAGUGAUUCUUCUGAUGGUCCGUUGAGGUGA